AAGUCUUGAAUGUAAAAAUUCAAAGUUUAUUUUGAUGAAUUUUCAAUUUUCGAUUCUUAUCUAUUCGAUAUGCUAAUAAAAGUGGGAAUCAACAGCUUCGGCCGAAUCGGCAGAGUUAUAUUUAGAACUUGUACUGAACACUCAGAUAUAGAAGUUUCAGCAAUCAACGACCCAGCCAUCGACCUAGAGUACAUGUGCUAUUUAAUAAAAUUUGAUUCAACGCACGGGAAAUUCUCCGGGACCGUUUCACACGUAGGCGAUGAAAUAAAAGUCAAUGACCACGCUGUAAAGGUCUUCCACCACAAGGCGCCGGCAGACAUACCGUGGCACGAAGCCGGUGUGCAAUAUGUUUUAGAGGCGUCUGGUAUGUUCACCACCGUGGAAAAGGCGUCGGGUCACUUGACCAGCGAAGGAGUCAGGAGAGUGGUAGUGACGGCCCCCAGCGCGGACGCGCCGAUGCUCAUACUGGGCGUCAACGAGAAGAGCAUACAACUGGAGAUGAAAGUAAUAUCAUGCGCGUCGAGCACCCUAUACUGCCUGGCGCCCAUCAUCAAGGUUCUAGAAGACGCGUAUGGUGUCGCCGACGGUUUCGUGACGAGUAUACACGCCAUGACGCCGUCGCUUAAGCCACUGGACGGCCUGUGUGUCCGAGGCAAGCACUGGCGCGACCACCGCAGCAUCCACCAGAACAUCAUCCCGGCGGCCACCGGCGCGUGCCGCGCGCUCGGCAAGAUCCUGCCCGCCUGCCGCGACAAGCUCGCCGGCCUCGCCUUCCGCGUGCCCGUAGUCAACGGCUCCGUGCUCGACAUCACGCUAAGGUUGAAUAAGAACACCACUAUAGCAGAAAUAUCCAAAACCAUAGAAGAUUUAAAUAACUCCCAAUUACGAAACAACAUACAAGUGUCCAACGAGAAGGCUGUAUCGUCCGACUUCAUGGGAGACACUCACUCCUGCGUUUUAGACAUCGAUUCGAGCCUGCAAAUAAAACCUAACUUUUUCAAACUGAUAUGUUGGUACGAGAAUGAGUAUUCUUACUCGUGUAGAGUCAUUGACACAGUGAUAUUCUUAGAAAGACAGUUCCAAUCACAGAUUCUUACACCCACAAGACUCAUGUACAUGAGGCCUAUAUCGAGUAAAUUUCGGAAUAUAGAAAAAAACCAAGGAGACGUAGGAAGACCAUGCGUUUCGUUUUGUAUUCCUGGAUUACUAAACAAACGCCCAAAUAUGAAACCUAGCUUACGAAGCCUUGAAAUGAAAGUCACAACUGCACAAUAUUCUAUACCACCUAUUCGGGGAAACAAAGAAAACAUUAAAUCAUAUAUCGACAGACUUACGACAUGUAAAUGUAAUGAAAAGCAUACUAAAGCUGAUGGUCAAAGGAAAGAAUCAAAAGAAGAUAAUGAACACAAGGCAGAUAAGUGUUUUAAAAAAAUCGAGAGAGAGGUUUCUAAAAUGUUAAACAUAACUGAAGAUUUUUUAAAUAAAACAUCUAGUAAAAAAUUACAAUCCGCAAACAAAUCCAACAAAAUAGAAUCGAAAACCAGAAACAUUAUGAGGAAAAAUAUUAUAGCAAAAAUUUCAGAUACCCUUGAAAAAAUUAGGGUGGUGAAAAUGAAUACACUAAACACUGAUAUUACCAGCGAUCAAAAGGAAGUAGACGUAGACGAUUGUCCUAAAGUUAGCCUACACACACAUGACGCUCAUUCACUCAACGACCCUCAAUUUAAAGUUCCGAAGUCUAACUCACCCCCUAAAACUGUCAAUUCUAAUAUUUCAUUUAAUACAUUGAUGUACAAAAAAUACCCAGAUUCUCGUGGUGUCGAAAAGAAAGCAAAUUUUCCAUUAAUAAACACUAGUACAUUUUAUAUUAGUAACGAUCAGAAAUCUGAAUAUCCUAUCAAUGUUCACGAUGGAGACGAUGCGAGUACAGUGGCAACAAUAGCGAGUGAAAAAGUAGAGAACACACACAAAAUGUUCAAUACCACACACGAUAAAUCAAAACUAACUAAUCAUUUUACCGAAAAUUGUAAUGAGAGAAGUGUUAGCAAUAAACAUAAUGGUCGAAAUGAAAUAAAAUGUGACACAUCUGAAAAUAAAGGCAACAAUGAAACUGCUGUAAGCAUUUCUAAUUUCAAUAUGGACAGGAAAGCAGAAUCUGACUCUAUAGAAGGUGUGAAUGAAUCAUAUAUUGAACUGAAAGAAACCGUCGCCGUAAAUAAUAUUCAUAAGAAUCAUGAGGCUAGAAAUAACAAUGAUGAUGUUAAGAAAGUAAAUGACACCGCGGUUGAAAACUUCCAGAACUCUCCAGGAUGUUCUAAACGUUCUAGCAGUACAAUAGAAAAUGUUUCCGCAAAAUCUUUAAGUAGUGGCAUUUCUGACCCUAUUAUAAGCAAAAGUAAUAGCCCAUGCAUAACUAAAGAUAUUUAUGAUAAACUAGACAGUGAAAGCGUGUCAGACUCUGGCAGUUCCUAUAGAAUGCGCGAGAAAACUUCACAAGUUAUAAACAUUACAGAUUUGACUUAUUCACUAGAGGAUUUGCCACGCUUAGAUAAGAUUUGCAGAGUUAUUGAAAUAUCCGACGAGUUAUCAGACAGGUUAUUUUUACCCCUCGCCGACGACAACUGCAAAAAGAAUGCAAAGAGAAAAUGGUCGUUUCAAGAUUUGUGUGAAAGGAUCAAGUAUGAUGAGUUUUUUAAUGGAUUGUUUGAAAAGUCUGCUUCAUAUAGUAAUAGCGGUACACCGUGA